AUGAAGAUCCCGGGCCAUGUGGUUUUCCUGCUGCUGAUAGGAGGGAUUUGUUGCCAGAACAACCGCAAUGCCAAACCUAGUGGCAAGUCAUCUAAGAAGAACCAGGGGAACCAGAACCAAGGGGCUGAGGCAGCCCAGUCGGCCCCAGAAGAUGAGCCCCAUUCUGGGCCAGUGGAGUCAGGCAGGGAGGGUAACUCUGGAGGUCGGGCGGCAGCCCAGCAGUCAGCUUCACAGAACAACAAGGCUUCAGAUGAUAUGAAGCUGCAUGUCCUCAAGAAUACUCAGGUCACAUGCAACGAUGGAACAGCAGCAGGGUUUUACCUAAAGGAGUUCAAAGGGAGUAAGAGAUGGCUGAUAUUUCUGGAAGGCGGUUGGUGCUGCUACAACAAAGACUCCUGCGAUACCAGAUAUAAAAAUAUCCCACGACUCAUGACCUCAUCCGACUGGCCCCAAACGCGCAAAGGAAGUGGAAUAUUGUCAGCCCAGGCGGAAGAAAACCCUCAUUGGUAUAACAGUAAUAUUGUAUUCAUCCCGUACUGCUCCAGCGACGUGUGGAGUGGCACAGGGCCCACAGCCACCAAGGAGAAGAGAGGCCCGGGAAAAGAGAAGGAGAAAGAUGCCAUUGAGUAUACCUUCAUGGGUUCCCUGAUCAUCCGUGAGGUCAUCAAAGACCUAGUCCCUAAAGGCAUCAAACAGGCCAAGGUUGUCAUGCUGGCUGGCACAAGUGCUGGAGGGACGGGAGUGCUACUGAACAUUGAGAGAGUGUCCAGUCAGCUGGAGCAGCUGGGUGCAGAGGCCCAGGUUCGAGGCCUGGUGGAUUCGGGCUGGUUUCUGGAGAGUAAACAGCAGAGGGUUCCUGACUGCCCAGACAGUGUCUCCUGCUCACCUGUAGACGCCAUCAAGAGAGGACUCAAGCUGUGGAACGGGGUGGUCCCAGACAAGUGUCGGCAGCAGUACAAGAAAGGAGAGGAGUGGCAGUGCUUCUUCAGCCACAAACUCUACUCCUCCCUGACCUCCCCUCUGUUUGUGGUGCAGUGGCUGUUUGACGAGGAGCAGUUGAGAGUGGAGAAUAUCUACCUGGGGGGUCAGACCCUGUCAGAACAGCAGUGGACCUACAUGCAGAACCUGGGAAAGGAUAUCAAGAACUCACUCAAAGAUGUCACGGCUGUGUUCGCACCCUCCUGCCUGUCCCACACAUUGAUCACUAAAAGUAACUGGAUGACGUUUCAAGUCAAAGGCACCUCCCUGCCCCGGGCUCUGCAGUGCUGGGAUAAGAGUUUCCAAGAAGCCAACCGUAACAGCAAGACCCCCCUGAAGGGCUGUCCCUUCCACCUGAUCGACACCUGCCACUGGCCCCAGUGCAACCCCACCUGCCCAGCCUUGGUGGACCAGGCCACCCAGCAGGAGCUCACCCUGCUCCAGAUGUUAGUGGGCAUGGGCCUGGACCUCCAGAAACUAGGCCUGGACCUCAGGAGGGACAGUAGCUCUGUAACUAGCAUGGUCAGUAACGGUGGCUAAGACAAGGAGUAUAGAAGCCCACUCUCUGGCUUAGUAAAGGGAAAUUUUUUAUGAGUUAUGACGUAACCAUGAAAGGUACAGAAUCUGGUUACUUCUCUUGUGCCGCUCAGCCAUUCCAUUGUGCUCCACUGUUACCAUGCCGUCUUGACCGGUGGGUAUGUCACUGGGCUUACAGUAUGUCUGUCUGUAACGUUACAGUUUGCCUCUAGGAUCCCUCUCCUGGACAGUUUAAAGAGGGGAGGUUAGUGAUUCCAGUUUACCCCUGGGUUGUGUCUCACAUUUGAUUCAAGGGAGAACGAGGAGUGCCAGGUACCUGUAGCUAACCAGUCAGUCAACACACUUUCACCCAACUACAUGUACUAUACAAAACUUCAACAACAUUUUGUGAAGUGAAACGUACUGCUUUUGAGGAUUUUUGAAUAAGCUAUUGGCACUUUUUAUCAUCUUGCCAACAUAGGACUGGUACAGUAUUCAGAGGAAAUGUACAUUUUAAUGUAGAUGGUUGACUGGAAGGAUAUAUUAUAUGAGUCUGCUGUUUUAGAUCCAUGUCCAAGCUCAAACACUGCCAGAGAAUGAAGGACUGUCUUGCAAGGACACUUGCAGUGCCGAGACCAUUCUCUAACUUUUAUUGAAUGUGUUCUACACGCGUGCGCACACACACAUACACACACACACACACACAUACACACACACACACACACACACACACACAGCCUACAGUUUAUAUUUCCCACAUUUCUACUGCUGCUGCAAUUACAAUGUUGAAUUUUUAGAUAUAUAUAAAUAUAUAUUUGAUGUGCAUGUGAAGUAAGGGAUGUUUGAUCUUGCAAAAGUGGCCCAAAUGAAAAGUAAUUGUCAUACCUUCUAAUAUUGUAUAUUAUCAAGAGAAGGUUGUGACCAUCUCUUCUUUCUUUGACUUUACCAUGAAGUGUGUUUGAACCUAAUGUAUCUUCCCAUGGACCCUUUUAACUGAUGUUUCCUCUUCAAAAACACUGUAGUCGAUACUACUCAGCUAGUGUGUCAUGUACUGUAAUAUCUACAUAAUUUACAUCCUUAAAGAAUCAUUUCAUGUGAUUAUAUCUAAUCUAUUGUAUGGUAAUUAUAAUCAGAAUUGUUUGAUUUGCUACUGUUUUAAAUUGUAUGUAGUAAUGAACCCUAUUUUGCUUGAAAUAUUUACCUUGUAAACAGAACUAUAACUUGACAGGCAUUAUAUAGUGGAUGUAUGUUGAAUUGA